UCUUUUCCCUUCUCUCUUUUUUCUCUCAUUACCAACAAAAACAAAAACAAAAAAGCUCAAGAAAUUUGAAGUAAUUAUCUUGUUACUUAAGAAAAUACAAAAAUUGGAGAAAUUUGGAUCAGCAAAGAUUUGAAAAAUCAUUAUCAUUGGUUAAUUAUACAAGAUGUUGAGUGCUGAGAUUAGAGACACUUAUAGCACGAUUAAUUUCGAAGAGACAGAGUUACGCCUCGGGCUUGGUCUCGGGCUCGGGCUGCAAGCGGGAUCUUCCUGCGAACAAGCGGAUCAGUUAGUGAAGAACAACAACGGCAAAAGAGGAUUCACCGAGACUGAAGCCGAGGCAGCUAAUGUCGAUUUGAAGCUUAAUCUUUCGACAUCCACCACUAAAGUUGCUGCCUCUGUUGCUUCCGUUGCCGUUGCUGUUGCCGCCACUACUACCGUAAAAGAUACUAAGGUGGAACAAGGUGGUGUUGUUGUUGAUCAUAAGGCCAAGGAUAAGGAGAAAGUUGUUGCUGCUGCUACUAAUACGUCUACCUCUGCUGAUCCUGCUAAGCCCUCAGCUGCUAAGGCACAAGUCGUAGGUUGGCCACCAGUUCGAGCAUUCAGGAAAAACAUCGUAGCCGUCCAAAAGAAGAGCUCAGAGGAGCAAGCUGAUCAGAAGGCUUCAAACAACACUAUCGCAAGUGCAGCAUUUGUUAAGGUUAGCAUGGACGGUGCACCUUACCUACGAAAGGUAGACUUGAAAUUAUACAAGAGUUAUCAAGAACUUUCUGAUGCCUUGGGCAACAUGUUCAGCUCCUUUACUAUAGGUAAUUGUGGGUCACAAGGAAUGAAGGAUUUCAUGAACGAAAGCAAAUUGAUUGAUCUUCUCAAUGGUUCCGAUUACGUGCCUACUUACGAAGAUAAGGAUGGUGAUUGGAUGCUCGUUGGCGAUGUUCCAUGGGAGAUGUUCGUUGAGUCAUGCAAACGUCUGCGUAUCAUGAAGGGAUCAGAAGCCAUUGGACUAGCACCAAGGGCUGUUGAGAAAUGCAAGAGUAGAAGCUGAAGAUAUUUUUCAUAAUGUUGAAUGUUUGCACAACUUGUGUUAAAUGUAAAACUUGUCUCUUUUUUUCCUUUUUUUUUUUUUUUUUUUUUUUUUUGGCUUAGUGUUAAAAGAAGCCUUAUAAAGUGACGGGAAGGCAGACCGGCUCGAGAGGGAUCGAGCAAGACGUCUGGCGAGUGUAAUAUUUUUGGUUAAAGUUCUUGAUAAUUAUGUGAAGAAAAGUUGUCAUAUGAUUAUAUAAAUUAUUUUUAUGCUUUUUCAUCUUGUUCGACAAUUUAUCGAAUAUUAGUAUAUAUUAUUAAUCAAUUUGUGAGA